AUGGAGAUGGACUUUUUGUCACCAAUUAGUCAAGAUGGUGGUCAAAAUUCAGAUGGUUUGGAUAGAUUCAACUCCCUGAGGCAGUUUGGUUUAACCAAGGCAUGCAUAGAACAAAUUAUAGGUUAUGCUGAAAAGCUUUUUGGAAAGUGUUAUCAGAUUGUAAAAGAAUCUAGAAAUGCCAAACCAAAAGACAGGGAAAAUGCAUUUGUUUAUGCACUUUCUGCGCUUACAAUCUUGCAUAACUUUGGUACUGUCGUAAAUGAUCAUCUGGAAUUACUUGAGGAGGAACUUGUCGAAAAGAAACAUAAACCUGGAAAGAAGCAAAAAAAAGUGUUAGAUUCAUCUGCAACAGAUGAAACAACUGAUUCACAGUUAGAGUUAGAAGAUCUCUUAGAAACGGAGGCAGAUGGAAUGACUUCAGAGCUUAAAAGACGUGUGAAACGUGCUCAUAAAGAAAAACCAUCUGGUACUCCUAAAACAAAGAAAGUAAAACGCCGGAAAUCACCUACAGAAUUAUCUCAAUCAGAGAGUACAUCAUCAUUGAAGCGACAAGCAAUCGAACCUUAUAAGCGUAUACGAAAAGCCGAAGAGAUUGAAGAAGGUAUUGAAAGUGAAAGUUUAGAGAAAGAUAUAGUUUCAAAAGAGCCUAAGUUAAAAAGCUUGAAAGCAGCAGUCAGAAAACAUGUUGUACGCGAUGAUGUAAAAAGAGCCAAAGUAGAAAGAGAUCCUGUUACAGGACAGCUAAAAGUGCCUACUAUACUACGAAAGUUAUCACCUACACAGGAGAGAGAAAAAAUUACAUCAAAACUAAAACAAUUUUUAAUCCAGCAAACAGAUGAGUUACACGCUACGCCUGCUCCAUCUUUAAGCCUUAAAAAUCUUUUAUUAGCCCUGGAAGAUUCAAGUAAAUCAGUAAUGGCUGAAGAAAUUCUUUUAUUGUUGGCAAAGGAAUUUAACAUUGAUGCAAACAAUCCAGAUGAGCUGGUUAAUCGAAUUAAAGAGCAAAUGGAUUCUGGUAAACAGACUGAUAAAGUUACUCCAAUCAAUAAACUGUUCAAUUUGUUGAGUGUUUUAGGUGGUAUUGACCAUUUGGAUGAUGAUAAAAGUACAGAGAUUGACAACUUUUCACAGAUGAAUACUUUUGAAAAAGCUGAAUUUUUACGUCAAAAAAAGAAAAUGAUCAAAGGACUAUGCAAUGAUAUUGAAGCUCAGUUAAGAUAUAAUCGAACAAAAAUAAACGAAAUGUCAGCGUCAUCUAGAGCGAUUUGGUUUACAUUAGACUCACAAGCUAAAUCAAACAGAGAAUUGUGUGAGAAAAUUGUAUUUUUAUAUCAGCAAAAUGCUAUCAGUUCACAAUUAGCUUCUGUUAUAGUUGAGAAUUUCAUACUAGAUAUCUUAGACGGAAUAGCACUUCUAGAAAACGAAGAAUUGCUUUUAGAUGGAGAAGACAAAAAAUUAUACGAAGAAAUUAAUGAUAAGCUUGAUAUAUUGAGUUUAUUCGGUCUUAAAUCAGAUGAUCUGAGAAAAAGAUUCGAGCCAACAUUAUUAUCAGACGUUCAAAUUGAUGAAAGACGUUAUGACUUAAACGUGAAACUGCCAUCAUCUUAUGCCGAUUUAAUUGAAAGAAUAUUCUUAGCAAACUUUGUCACAUCAGAAUUCUUUGAAGAUAUACCAAGACAACCAUUGGAAAAGAUGUAUUCAGGAUUAUUUGCUGGACUCCACGAAGAAAUUACUUUGGAAGAAAAGAUCAGUAGAAAGAGUCAGAUGGAAGAAGAAGCCAAAAAAUCUGUAAUGACUCAAGACAUAUCGCUUAUCAAAAAGACUUUUAAAGAACCAUGGAAAUAUUUGGAUCUGAAUUCACCACUUAUUCAAAUCAGUAAACAACUGUCAAGAGGAAUAAGACAAGCAGCAGAUCGACUAGAUGAUAAAUCUAGUCUUGGGGCCUGGGAAAGAGAUAUAAUGGCGUAUGAAACGACUAAAAUUCAAAUCAGUGGGAAACAGACUACACCUGAAGGCAUACAAAAAAAAGAAAUUGGCAUCAUAAAAAUGCCAUUAUUUUCGUUAGGUGAAGAAAUUGAAGAUGACUCUCGAAUACGAAUGAAAGGCAAGCAAUAUAUUUCAGAAAGUGCGACAGAGAACAUAUUUGAUGAUACAACAAUUUUCCCUGUCAGAAGUCAUCUAGGAGCAAUGAUGGUAACUGGAAGUCAUUUACCUUUUAUUAUUGCCAGAGCACCUACACAAUCUGUUCCAAUACAGCCGACAUCAUUCGCUGUCCGAUUUGCACAGAAACCUCCUAAAAGAAGAAUGUUAGGAAAAAGAGCAAAAGUCACUCAGUCUUUAUCACCUAUAGAAUCAAGUAAACAUUCUCCUCAUGUAAAAUUUACACAAGAUACUACUCAUAAACCAGUUGGAUUGAUGGGUUUAGAACCCAAAUCAAUGAGUGAAUCAACUCCAACACAAGAAGUAGAAGAACAUACAUACGCAGGAUUAAAAAAGGGUGGUUGGCAUAAAAUGGAAUUUAUUCCCCACAGUGGGAUUAAUCUAGAAGAAUCAGAAAGUAAAAUGGAAACUCCUUCCACUAUUUCAAAUAUUCAAAUUAGGACACCUACUCCCCGUUUUCAACAAGUACCCCAAAUUGUAUCGCCUGAAAGUUAUCGUGUUGCUCAACAUAAGAUUCAUGGAAUGUAUAAAACACUAAGCGAUGAUGAGGCAAAGCAUACACUUUGGCCAGACAUUCAAACCUUGAAGUUCACUUAUCAAAAAGAUUCUGAAAAGAAAACAAUCGGUGUGUGGACAUGGUUUGAUAGAAUACUGGCAUCAAAACCUGUCCCGCUGUCAUCAACAGAAGGAAUGAUUAAAACACAAACACGUAAAAAUCGUAAAGCAUUAUUAUCAUCAUCAAAAACACCGUAUAAAGUAGAUGAACAGUCAGAACAAACAACUUCUGAAAUAGAAAAACUAGACAGUGAAUCAAUAGAAAGUUAUGAGAAAAUAUUCCAGUAUCGGUAUACGGGAGCAACUUUUGAUUUUAAAGGAAAAUUUCGAAUACCAAAAUGGUUGGAACAAAGAUUAUAUGAAGAUCUUGGCAAUUCCCUUUCUACAGGAAUCAAAAUUCAAGAGAAGGAUACAUCUAGCUUGCCGCCAAUGAUUCCCACUAGAUCACAUGGUUCAAUGAUUAAAAUGAAAAAGCUAAAAGAACCUUCGCCUAACAAAAUGAAGCAAUUUCGUAAUGAUUUACAAAUAGCUGUGAGUCAUCUAAAGUACAUACUACACCCACAACAGCUAACUCGUUUACUUAUCGAAAUCAAAAGUGAAAUUCCCACACUAGAAACAAUUAAACUAUUUGAAAAGCUAUUGCUACAAGCUGCUCAGAAAGCUCGAGAUGCAAAACAUAUGGAAGAAGCUACGACACAUGAACUACCAAGAUUAUCACAGAUCAAUUUGGAGCAACAACGAAAGACAUUCCAACCUUCAUCACUAACAGAUAUUGGACAAGAAAUACGCAAAAGGCUUCAUUGCCGAUAUGAAACAUUGGCUAGGAAAGGAUAUCAAAAUUUAGGCUUGUCAAUUUCUGCACACAUCGCUAGAAUGGAACUUGUUGCAUAUAUGCAAAAAUCAAUUCAGCAGAGAGCAUGUCAACGAAUUAAAAAUUCAAUGAGACAAUGUGUCAGUAAAAUUAUACAAUAA